AUGUCAUCUUGCCAACCUGUCGCUGGAGUUUGGUCGCGCCUCUUUGAGGAAGAUCCAUUGGGUGACACCCAGUCUGCCGAUCGGACUACUCUGGUUCUUUGGACGCAAACACCCGUCAGCGGAAUCUACGUUGACCUUCGACUACCCAAAGACAGUCCUGGACGAUCGGAUACCGUCGGCGUGACUCGGACUGCACGCCCUUCGGCACUUCGUGCCAUUACGGGUGGACUUGACGGUACUAAUGCGGAUGUUUCGAUCUUGACACGUCAAAAAUCAUUUGCGGGUGUGUUGACCUAUUCCCUGGGAGAUACAACCGAAGCCAAAGGAGAAGCAUUGGCAAAAGACACGGUUCUUGCGGAACUUGCCAAAAAUGACAAAGCAGCGCUCGGCUUGUGUACAUGCUUCUGGAGACGUGACAUUGACUACCAGCCUCCUUCUGGCGGACUCGAUAUUGGCGUGUGUGCCUCGUAUUCGCCAAUGGCAGACAACGGUGCCGUGGAUUUGCGAGAGACGGGAGACGAUGGCUCUUAUGCCGAAGGAUGGCACCGCGUCGGCGAAACUCACGCCGGACCAUUCAUGGCAUUGCAACUCGUGUCGGAAAAUGGACAUGACAACGGCCGCAUCGGAUAUUGGGUUCGGACAGGACAUCGUUUUGCAUAUGCCAUUGGUCGUCCCACAACAGCAGAAUUGGCAAAGGCGUUGGGGUGUCCCCCGCAGACUCCUACCAUCAAGGACCAAGUUGGCAAGACGUUGGAAGAAGUUAUCAAGUCCUUGGAACAAGGAGACAAUGGUGGCAAUAAGAAGGAAGAGUUGCUGGGAGUGAUUGGAAGCUACGUUGCAGCUUGUGGUGAGAUUGACCCUGAUACUGGAGCUUGGCGCAUUUUGGACAGUACAAAUCCUGGUUUGGUGCAUUGUCACCUGGUGGGUGCAAUCAUGGACAAGAACUGUUGCAGCACUCUAAGCAAGGGCGACUCAAAAGAUGCAGUCAAGGAAGGCGAUAGUGUUCAGCAACAUGUCUGUGGUGAAGGAUCAUUUGUUCGCAAGUGGAAGGUGUUGGAACUCAGCGGUUGUUCCGUUCCAUUUCUAUAA